AUGGGUAACAGAACAGAAUCAAAAAAGUGGAUGCUCGAAAACAUUGAAAUUGAUAGGAUGGUGGAAGUUCCUAUCAAUGAUGAACCAAAAAAACAUUUUCCACCCAGAGGACCUGUUGGCGCAUCUAUCAAGUGGAGUGCAAGUAAUCUUGGGGCAUCCCUCAGAAGGACUACAAGCAGUGCCUUGAGGAAGAAUGGUGUUCUCUCUUCGAAACCUCCUCGCCCCAAGAUGGAAAGGACAGCAUCAUCUGCUGCUAGAGGGCUUAAAAGCCUAAGGUUUCUUGAUAGAACAGUGACAGGAAAGGAAAUGGAUGCAUGGAGAUCAAUCGAAAGGCGCUUUGAUCAAUUUGCAGUUGAUGAAAGGCUCCCAAAGGACAAAUUUGGAAUCUGCAUUGGACUAGGAGAUUCAAAAGAGUUUGCUGGAGAAAUAUUUGACGCAAUUGCUAGGCGUAAGAAUAUAUUCACCGCAAAUGGGAUCACAAAAGAUGAGUUGAAAUUGUUUUGGGAAGACAUGACUAAACAAGAUCUUGAUUCUCGACUUGGAAUAUUUUUUGAUAUGUGCGACAAGAAUGGCGAUGGGAGGCUAUCGGAGGAGGAAGUGAAGGAGAUUAUAGUGUUAAGUGCCUCCGCAAACAAGCUCACAAAUCUUAAACAGUACGCGGCAGUCUAUGCAGCUCUAAUCAUGGAAGAGCUUGAUCCUGAUCAUCUUGGAUAUAUAGGGCUAUGGCAGCUAGAAACUCUACUAAGAGAGAUGGUGAAUAAUGAAGAUCAAAUUACCACAAAGCUCAAUAGAAGCACACAUACUCUCACAAGAGCCAUGAUCCCAAGAAGAUAUCGGACUCCUGUUACCAAAUCAUUGUCGCUGUCAGUAGAAUAUAUUCAUGAGAAUUGGAGGAGCAUAUGGGUUAUGACGUUAUGGUUAGCUGUAAACUUGGCACUUUUUAUUUGGAAGUUUAAGGAAUUCGAGAAAUCACCCCUAUUCAAAAUCUCAAGUUAUUGUGUCUGUCUUGCCAAGGCUUCCGCGGAGACUCUCAAGUUGAAUAUGGCUCUCAUUCUUCUUCCUGUUUGCAGAAGAACACUCACUAAGCUUAGAUCGUCAUUUCUCGGCACCUUUAUCCCUUUUGAUGACAACAUAAACUUUCACAAAAACAUUGCUUUGGCCAUAGUAAUUGCGACUGUAGCUCAUACUCUAGCACAUAUGCUUUGUAAUAUUCCGUUGUUGAGUUCAUGCCCAAAAGACAAAUUCAUGGCAUAUGCUGGACCAUUGUUCAAUUACCAACAGCCAACUUAUUGGUUCUUCAUACGAAGUAGUGUAGGCGUCACCGGAAUUCUGAUUAUCCUUGUAAUGGGGUUCUCAUUUACAUUGGCAACACACUAUUUCCGAAAGAAUGUCGUUAAGUUACCAGGGGCGUUUCACAAAUUGGCAGGGUUUAAUGCUUUCUGGUAUGCGCAUCAGUUGCUGGCCUUGGCAUACCUGCUAUGUUUUUUGCAUGGCUACUUCUUAAUCUUUGAAAAACCUUGGUAUGCCAAAACGACAUGGAUGUAUCUCAUUGGCCCAGUAGUAUUCUAUGCCACAGAGAGAAUCUCGACAAAAUAUCAGGAACACCAUCACCAGGUUGAUGUCAUUAAGGCAAUUAUAUAUACAGGGAAUGUUCUUGCUCUUUACAUGAACAAGCCUCCAGGAUUUAAGUACGAAAGUGGAAUGUACCUCUUCAUCAAGAGCCCGGAUUUGUCAAGUUUUGAAUGGCAUCCCUUCUCCAUCACUUCUGCACCAGGAGAUAACAAUUUGAGUGUCCACAUAAGAACCGUGGGUGAUUGGACUACAGAACUCAAAAACUUAUUUGCAAAGGUCUGUGAGGCCCCACCUGCUGCGAAACAAAAACAAGGCAGGCUAAAUAGAUUGGAAACAAUAGCAAUGUCAAACUCGAAUUAUGAUCAGAUACAAGCAACAUUCCCAAAGAUCCUGAUCAAAGGACCUUUCGGAGCCCCAGCUCAGAAUUACAAGAAGUUCGACAUCCUAUUGCUCAUAGGUCUAGGAAUCGGAGCAACUCCCUUUAUCAGCAUUUUGAAGGAUCUCCUUAAUGGCAUCAAACCAAGUGCAGCCGAUUCGAUGAAGGACCGACGAUGUACAGAAAGAGCAUACUUUUACUGGGUCACAAGAGAACAAAGCUCUUUUGAUUGGUUUAAGGGUGUCAUGGACGAUGUUGCAGACUAUGAUGAUAAUCAUAUAAUAGAAAUGCACAACUACUUGACUAGUGUGUAUGAAGAAGGAGAUGCAAGGUCUGCACUUAUUGCCAUGGUACAAAAACUGCAGCAUGCAAAGAAUGGACUUGAUGUUGUCUCCCAAAGCCGGAUAAGAACGCAUUUUGCAAGGCCCAACUGGAGAAAGGUGUUCGCUCAAAUGGCAGAAACGCACAAGUCUUCUCGGAUAGGUGUCUUCUACUGUGGAAGCGCUCUGCUUGUCAAAACACUGAGAGAGCUUUGCCAAGAAUUUACUCUAGAUUCAUCAACCCGUUUCCAAUUUCAUAAGGAGAACUUCUGAAUUAGCAAUUCUAUCCUUCUUGCAACAUGGUUUUGCGUCGAGCACUACUGCCCUGUAUUCACAGAAGGAAAAUUAGCUCUU